AUGGUGUCUCCCGCACAGGCUGCCCACAAUCGUGCCAUGAUGGCGCAGGGUGCCGCCCGACCCAACUUGCCCUCCAACGCGCAAAGCAACGUCCCUGGAAUGCAAGCUGCGUUGGGCGGCGGCAGCGCCAUCGCUCAACCGCCUCAUCAGGCCGGACAGCGAUUUGCAGGGCCCCGCAGCAAGAUCGAUCCGGAUCAGAUUCCGAGUCCGGUCGAGAUGCAGGAUGCGGACCAGGAAUUCUUCGAUAAGGAGUGGUUCGCCACGUGCGGACGAGGCGGCAUGCCGCUUAGCACCACCAGCUUUGCCGCCGUCGACCAAGGCAACUGCUCUCCAAAACAUCUCCGUCUCACCACCUACAGCAUGCCCGCCACCGACGAGCUCGCAACCACCUCACAGCUUCCGCUGGCUGUACUCAUGCAGCCCUUCGCCCAGCUGCGUCAGGACGAGGCUCCUAUCCCCGUCGCCACUUUUGGCGAGAGCGGCCCUCCGCGUUGCAAACGCUGCCGCGCUUACAUCAACGCAUGGUGUGUCUUUGUCCAAGGCGGUCAGAAAUGGACGUGCAACCUUUGCGGCACUGCCACCGAAGUUGCUGCCGACUACUUUUGCAACCUCGACAUGAGCGGUCGACGCGUCGACUUUGACCAGCGUCCCGAACUUUCGCGUGGCUCAAUCGACUUUGCCGUGCCCAAGGAGUACUGGGCCAUUCAGUCUGCACCGCCCGCCUCGGUUCUGCUGCCCGUCGCGCCCGCAAGCACUCGCACGGAAACCGCCAAGAUCGAACCAAAGCAAGACGCCAAGGACUACGAGGGCACCACGCUCGGCCUCAGCGGUCAGGGGGCACAGGCCGCAAGGACCGCCACCAAAGCCGCCAACGACGCGCUCAACGGCUUGCAGCUCGGCAAGGGCCGCACCACCGUACGUGCGCCACGUCCUUUGACCUACUUGUUCGCCAUCGACGUCAGCUACAGCGCCGUCCGAUCCGGUGCCCUCGCCAGCUCGGUCGAAGCCAUUCGCGAGACCCUGUACGGACCCAAGGACAGCUCGGCGGAUGCGGGGACGAAUGGAGCGCCCGACGCCGAUGCCGCCGCCGGUCCCGGCUUUGGCCUCGUGGAAGGCGCUCGCGUGGCAAUCCUCACCUUUGACCGUGCGCUUCACUUUUACAAUCUCUCGGCAGAGCUCGACCAGGCGCAGAUGCUCGUGGUCGGUGAUAUUGACGAGCCAUUCGUGCCCAUCAGCGACGGUCUCUUGGCCGAUGUUUGGGAGUCUCGCCACCUCAUCGAGGGUCUGCUCGACAACCUGCCCGCCAUGUUCGGCGAAUCCAUGGUUGGUGACGCUGCGCUCGGUGCUGCGGUGCGUGGCGCCCAAGCAGCGCUCUCCACCAUCGGCGGUCAGGUCAACAUCUUCCUGUCGACAAUCCCCACUGUUGGACCUGGUGCGCUCAAGCAUCGCGAGGACACCAAGCUGUACGGCACCGACAAGGAGAAGAAUCUGUUCAUCCCGCAAGACGGCUUCUACCGCGGGGUCGCAGAGGAAUGCGUCGAUGCAGGAAUCGGCAUCAACGUCUUCUUCUUCCCUUCGCAGUAUAUUGACGUGGCAACCAUCGGCGUGCUGCCAGGCUCAACGGGCGGAGAGGUCUUCUUCCAUCCGCGCUUCGAUCCUGUUCGGGACGGUGUCAAGCUGCAGAGCGAGGUGCGCCGCACCGUGCUGCGCGAGACGGCCUACAACGUGACGAUGCGCCUUCGAUGCUCCAACGGUCUGCGUGUCGCCGACCACUUUGGCAACUUCUUCCAGCACAACGCCACCGACCUUGAGCUGGGCACCAUGGACGCCGACAAGUGCAUCGCCGCACUGGUCAAGCACGACGCCAAGCUCGACGAGAAGCACGAAGCCCACUUCCAGUGCGCCGUCCUCUACACCACCGCAGAAGGCGAACGCCGGGUUCGCUGCCACAACAUUGCCGUCCCGGUCACGUCAUUGCUUGGCAACGUCUUCCGAUACGCCGAUAUGGACAGCGCCGUCGCGUAUUACAGCAAAGAGGUCGUAUCUUUGGCGCACGCCAAGCCGCUCAAAGAAGUGCGUCACUACCUGACGGACAAAUGUGUCAAGAUCCUGCUUGCAUACCGUCGCAACUGCGCAUCCUCGACGAGUCCAGGCCAGCUGAUCCUGCCGGAAAGCUUCAAGCUGUUCCCGCUUUACGCGCUGGCCAUCAACAAGACCAAGUGCAUCAAGGGCGGCAAUGUGACUUCGGAUGUGCGCGCGUUCUACAUGCGCUUUUUCCGCGCACAGGGAGUGUCGGCGAUCAUGUCGAUGCUGUAUCCGAGGAUGAUCGCAUUGCAUACCAUGUCGGAUGCGGAUGGAUCGGCGAUCAAGAUCCAGCAGCCGGAUGGCAGCUCGGUGGAUGGAACGAGGAUCAAGACACCGGCGUUGAUGAGACCUUCGUAUCUGCGCAUGGAGGGUCACGGAGCGUAUUUGUUGGAGAACGGUGAGAUGUGCAUCCUCUGGUUGGGAGCUAACGUCAAUCCGCGACUGCUGGAAGACCUGUACGGAGUCAGCCAGCUGGAAGAGAUCGAUGCAAGGAUGACGCGCUUGCCCAAGCUGCCGACCAAGUUGUCUAAGCAGGUGAGGGCGAUGGUGCAAUCGUUUGCAUUGCAGCGGAACAAACCCGAACUGCCGGUGUUGAUCGCAAGACAAAACAGGGAUGGAACCGAGGUUGAACUGGCAAACAGCCUGGUGGAGGACCAGAACAACGACGCGAUGAGCUACGUUGACUACCUGUGUCAUGUGCACAGGAUCAUCAGCUCGGACAUGACGAGUGGCAAGGAGGAGUCCAGUUCGUGGUUCUCGACGUGA